CCGCUGCCGCUGCGUGCUGCGAAAUCUUGAGCGUCGAGAGCGGGAGAGAGACAAGAUAGGCUGUCUAGGGGUACGAGGGCGGCGGCGGCGAUAUCAAUGUCGAGAGCAGUACCAGAUUCAUUUCUCACUUCUCCACCAUCAUCUUCAUAUUCGUCACCCAUUACUACGCACUCAAUCGUAAUGGCUGCAAAUCCUAUUGAAGCCCUGGUGUCCUCCUUUGUCGACAGCCCCCUACGCCGACUCCUCUUCCCUUACCUCGAGGGCAGCGACCACGAGGAUCCUUCCAAGAAGGCCCACUGGAUGAGCCAUGCCUACGAUCAAGGGCUAGGUAGAGAGCGGGCAGGGGCUCCUCACCCUCACGCUACUUCGAUCAAGCGCGACGCUCGUCAUCAGAUGUCACCCUCUUCCUCUUCGUCGACGUCACUGGCCGAAGUCAUGGACGGGCCAUGGGCUCUGAUGUACUUUGGCCAACACAGCGACGACGACGAGGACCACGACGACGAUGGACACAGCGAAGAUCACCGCAGCGAAGAUGAGCGAGAGCGCAAGCGCUCCACUCGCACUUCUUCUCGACGUCGCCCUCAUCGUGCCGCCGGUCAUACCGGUCAGCCGCAGUCGCAAACGCACUCAACGGCCCGUCCCUCGGCAGCUCCCCGCAUGUACACUUCAUCCGGGACUCUGGCCGGCGUCAUGCCCGAGCGCGAGGCCCUCAAGAGUCAUCGACGUCAUCACCGUCAUCUCUCGGCGCCCCAACCUAUGAGCCCUGCGCAGCCCCUGCCGCACGUCAACACCAUGCUACCCCUGCGCAUCCCUCCGCCCGAGCUGCAAGCCAAGAGCCCUCUCGAAUACCCUGGCAACUACUUUGGCGAGCUGCCUGAACGAUCAGCUCCUCGUCGACGCUCGCAGCGUCGUGGUAGCCGACCUUCCAACGGUACGGUCAGUGACCCAGAGGAGAUCAACGAAAGUAGCGGUUCCAGCAGUAGCGAUGCGGCCUGGCGAGCUGGCAAUAGCAGCGAGAGCGACGGCUCAUACCAUGGCGACGUCGGCGAUGAGGACCCUGAGGCUCAGCUCGCUGCGGGCAUCGCCGCUCUCAAAGCCCAGCAGCGAGCUAACGCCACCGCCGCAGCGGCAUCCUCGCAAAGCGAUGCAGACGAGACGUUCGACCGCGAGAUUGCCCAGCACUCAGGCCGAGUCAUCACCUCGCUGGCAGACAUCUUCUUUGGACGAGCUCGCAGCCGUGCGACCUCGCAGCCCCAAUCACCCAAGGAGGUCAACUACUCAGCGGCCACUCAUAUCCCUCGUAGUCAAUCGGUCGACGCCCUGCAAGAGCCAGCUUGGCGACGCAACCGCGACGCAGCCGCCGCUGCCAUGCUUCGCCAGACGUCAACGCCCGCUUCGAUUCGUGCUGAAGUCCAGGCCUGGUCGCAAGGCAGGCAAGAAUCGGCUACUGCUACCACUCGCACGCAGCGGCUGCUAUCAUCCCUGCCCUUUGCUUACAGCCUCUUUGGCCCUUCGAGCCUGCGACUCGCAGAGACGCUGGACCUCGAGGAAGAAGAGGGCAAUGUCACAGAGGAGACUACCGUCGAUUCCGCCUAUACGAUUCGAGCCGCCACUUUAUCCAACAACGACAUCAGCUUGGAGUACGAUAGCGCCGACGACGAUGCCGAGGAAGCUAGCACCACAGCCUACAGCUCACUCUGGGCCAGCCCUACAGUGUCUCGCUCUUCAUCACACUACAACCUCGAUCUCCUUGCUACCGACGAGCCAUCAGCAUUCGAGGAUGCGGCCGGCGAGGAGCAACAGCAGCAGCGCUUGCGCAGCCUGCAGCGAUUGAGGAUGCUGGCGCUCAGCAGUCCGGAGAAAGAGGUUGCGCCUGGCAGGAGGAAGAAGACGCCAAUCACAACUGCGGUGAGCCCUCUGUGGGAUCAGAGCCACGCGGACGAGGAUUCGCAUGACGACGCUUACCAGCUCAGUCAAGGGGCAGGACAGAGAGGUUACGAACGACCCUGGAGCAGCGUUGUGGGGCUGCGUGGGACCGCUUGAUACGUCGGAAGGGAUGGACAGCGAUUGAAUUGCCACGAGAUGAUACCCUAGGAGACGACAUAUGAUGACUUGCCCAAGAUUACGCCAUGCGACACACAUCUUG